AUGACUAUAGAGUCGGCCUGCCAGCUGGGAGAAGAAGAAUAUGAAGACGAGGGCGACGACUCGGCGCUGGUGGUUCGAGCAAGGAAGCCGGUCGAGGUCGCCAAGCCUUCCAAGUUGGAGGCUUUUACCAAGUUUCAGUCCGAUCUGAGCCAAUGCGAGGCCGAGCUUCAGAAGACCUCGGAGGAGAAGAACGCUUUGAAGCUCCUUUGCGGUCAAAGGGAUGAAGAGCUCAGGGACCUACGAGCGGAUUUGGCCAAGGCUUGUAAGGAAGAGGCCGAGCUAGACGAGCAGGUAACUAUCCUUUUGAAAGAGUACGGACUCGACCCAACGGUGGAGGCUAAUACUUCUGUAUCUCAAUUGCAGCAAAAGCUGGAAAGGAUCGAGCUCCUCCGGGAGGAAGUCAAUCAAAUCAAAGCCGACUCUGAGUGGUGGAAGGAGAAAAUGGACCACCUUGCCGCGGAGAAAGAGGCUGCCUCGGCGAAGCUGUCAUCGGCCGAGGUCCAACUUUGGAGCAUCAAAGAGAAAAGCUCAGCCCAGGCCAAAAGGAUCGAGGAGCUUGAAGCCGAGCUUGCUAAGGCCAAGGCGGAGGUCGAGAAGAUGAAGAUCAAGUCUAACAAGUCCAUAGCCGUGUACCUGGCCGAUGGCGAGGCUGCUCAAGCGUAG